UAUGCAGUGCCUGAACAUGAUCAUGGCUGAAUCGCCAGGCCUCAUCAUCAUCUGCCUUUUAGGAUAUCUACUCAGUGCUGAAUGUACAGUUUUUCUCGAUCAUGAAAAUGCUACCAAAAUUCUGAAUCGGCCAAAGAGGUAUAAUUCAGGUAAAUUGGAAGAGUUUGUUCGAGGGAACCUUGAGAGAGAAUGUCUAGAAGAAAAGUGUAAUUUUGAAGAAGCACGAGAAGUUUUUGAAAACACUGAAAAAACUACUGAAUUUUGGAAGCAAUAUGUUGAUGGAGAUCAGUGUGAAUCCAGUCCGUGCUUAAAUGGUGGCCUGUGCAAGGAUGACAUUAAUUCCUAUGAAUGUUGGUGUCAAGUUGGAUUUGAAGGAAAGAACUGUGAAUUAGAUGCAACAUGUAACAUUAAGAAUGGCAGGUGCAAGCAGUUUUGUAAAAAGGGUGCUGAUAACAAGGUGGUCUGUUCCUGUACUACAGGAUACCGACUUGCAGAAGACCAAAAGUCCUGUGAACCAGCAGUGCCAUUUCCAUGUGGAAGAGUUUCUGUCUCACAUGCUUCUACGAAGUUCACCCGUUCUGAGUCUAUAUUUUCCAAUAUGGACUAUGAAAAUUCUACUGAAGAUGAAACAAAUUUGAAUAACAUCACAGAAAGCACUCAACCAUUUAACGACUUCACUCGAGUUGUUGGUGGAGAAAAUGCCAAACCAGGUCAAUUCCCUUGGCAGGUCCUUUUGAAUGGUAAAAUUGAUGCAUUCUGUGGAGGUUGCAUCAUUAAUGAAAAAUGGGUCGUAACUGCAGCCCACUGUAUCGAACCUGGUGUCCCUAUUACUGUUGUUGCAGGUGAACAUAACACUGAGAAGGAGGACCACACAGAGCAAAAGCGAAAUGUGAUUCGUGCUAUUCCUCACCACAGCUACAACGCAACUAUUAAUAAGUACAGCCAUGACAUUGCUCUUCUGGAACUCGAUGAACCCUUAACGCUAAACAGCUACGUAACACCUAUUUGCAUUGCUGACAAGGAAUACACGAACAUCUUCCUCAAAUUUGGGUCUGGCUACGUGAGUGGCUGGGGAAGAGUCUUCAACAGAGGGAGAUCAGCUUCAAUUCUUCAGUAUCUUCAAGUUCCACUUGUUGACCGAGCCACAUGCCUCCGCUCCACAAAGUUCACCAUCUAUAAUAAUAUGUUCUGCGCCGGCUUCCAUGAGGGAGGUAAAGAUUCAUGCCAAGGAGAUAGUGGGGGGCCCCAUGUUACUGAAGUGGAAGGCAUCAGUUUCUUAACUGGAAUUAUUAGCUGGGGUGAAGAGUGUGCAGUGAAAGGAAAGUAUGGAAUAUAUACCAAGGUAUCCAAGUAUGUCAACUGGAUUAAGGAAAAAACAAAGCUCACUUAAAGAAAAAAUGCAUUUGCAAGAUUGACAUAUUUGAGAUUGAAAAUGAACAAGGCCCUUUAUUAACUAAUCACUUUCCUAUAUCUUUAGAUUUGAAUAUAUACAUUCUACAAAGACAGUUUUUUUUUCUCUUUAUGGGGAGAAGUCUAUUUACGAUUCAUAUUUUACUAGAGUAAGUAGACUAGAAAACGUAAUCACUAGAGAAAUAUACUGUGGUAGGAAUUUGUGACCAUUCCUACAGGUCCAGCCCUUGACAAAACUGUGAAGUUAACUUCCUGAUAUUGGCCAUCAAGCUUUCUUCUUCUCCACUGAGGUAACUCCCUGAUUCUCCCUCCUCAGCAGCGUUCCAUAUUCCAGAUAUUUCUUACCUCUCCCACCAAAACAUCAAACGUUAUUAG